GGAGUCAUAGGACACAUAAACAUUCCUUCGUUCCUCAUGGCGUCCGUCUUUGAGCCCUCAGUGUGGAGUGACUUCUUCCGCCGAUACAAGCCGCAGCCACCAAAUAUCUCACAGGAAUGGAUGAAGACCAGAAGAGAUAAACUGAAGAAAGAUGUUCUCUUAUUGUUUAAGACUUGCACCAACAAUUUAGAUAGAAUGACACUGGUGGAUGUAGUCCAACGCCUAGGAAUAGAACACCUGUUUGAAGAACAGACGGCUACUGCACUAACUGACAUCCAUCGAAGUGAAUUCAACAGCUCUAAUCUCCAUGAUGUAUCUCUUCGGUUCCGCCUUCUUCGGGAACAUGGACUUUGGGUAUCUCCAGAUGUGUUCAAAACUUUCAAAGGAGAAGAUGGCACGUUUAACCAUGAUAUAACAAAAGAUCCAAAGGGACUCUUAUGUUUCUACAAUGCAGCAUACGUGUUAACCCAUGGCGAGCCAUUACUCGAAGAGGCCAUCUCUUUCACGAAAUAUCAUCUGGAAUCUUUGGCACCAAGCCUCGUCUCCCCUUUAGCUGAGCAGGUCAAGCGUGCCUUGCAUGUACCCUUGCCAAGGACCUACAGGAGGUUGGAGGCACUGCAAUACAUGCCAGAAUACGAAAAAGAAGUAGGGUACAAUCCAACUCUUCUAGAGCUUGCAAAGCUGGAAUUUAACCUCCUCCAGAGUGUCCACUUGAAGGAGCUCAAAGCUAUCUCAGAGUGGUAUAAUGAUCUGUCAGCAUACGUGGAGCUAAGUUUUGCUCGGGAUCGUGUGGUGGAGUGCUACCUUUGGGGCUACUCUGUCUUCUAUGAGGAAGAGUACUCUCUAGAACGAAUGAUCUUUGCAAAGUGCACAUUUGUGCACACAUUAUUGGAUGACAUCAACGACGUUCGUGCCACCUUGGUGGAGUAUCGGAAGCUAGACACAGCCAUACAGAGAUGGAAUGAGAGUGCUAUUUCCCUUGUGCCCGACUACUUGAAGAAGUUCUAUAAUAAACUUCUGAUGUGCUUUAGGGAGUUCGAGGAUGAGUUGACACUUAAUGGUAGAUACCCGAUUGAUCACAUCAAGAAGACGUUCCAACAACAGUCAAAAUUUUAUCUCCAAGAAGCUGAGUGGUUACACCAGAACCACAAGCCAAGCUUUAAAGAUAAACUGCAUCUGGCUGCCAUGUCCACGGGCGUCACCGCGCUAUGUGUGUAUACGAUGGUUUGCAUGGGUGAUGGAGCACCCAAGGGAGCACUCGAGUGGGCACUUGGAUACCCCGAUGUCAUCAUGGCGUGCGCCAAGAUUGGGCGCUUAAUGAAUGACCUUGCUGGCUCAUCUAAACACCGGAACAAUAGGGGGGACGUGGCCAACUGUGUGGAUUGCUACGUCAGUGAGCAUAAGGUUACAGACAAGGUCGCCUUUGCUGCAAUCGACUCGAUGAUAGAAGAUGAAUGGAAGACCACCAACCAAGCUCGGUUUGAGCAUCGCCGUGAGCUCUUCCCGGUGGUGCAACGGGUUGUCAACUUCACUCUCAGCCUGCCGGUGUACUAUGGUGAUAGGAAAGAUGCCUUCACAUUUAGCACGCAUCUUAACGGCAUUAUCAAGAACCUCUUCGUCAAGCCCAUACCGAUCUAGCUACAUGCAUGCAUACGCUAGUUGGUUUUUUCCUUUCAAGCAUUUCCGCCUAGUGCUUAAUUAGAUCGUUCGUAUGUAUUUCAGCAUGAAUGCUUGGAACCUUGUUAAUGAUUUAUUAUAUGUGUGAUUUGGUGAUCCGUUACUCUCGUCCGGAUCAGGCUGCACACUUAGAUGUAUAUUUUUUUUCUCGAAAUAAUGGAGGAUCCAGAAGAAGAGAAUGAAUCUGCGAUUUUUUUCGAACA